AUGGCACAGCGGCUGCUUUGUUCUCUGGCUUUUGUCGUCUUCUUUCGCCCGACCACAGGAGCCAUGGACGCCUGCUACAACGCCCAAGGCCGUGCCCAGCGUUGCAUGCCCAUUUUCGAGAAUGCAGCUUUUGGGCGCCAGCCUCCAGCCUCCAACACGUGUGGCUGGCCCCCCGAAACCUACUGCUUGCAGAUGGGCACGCGAGAAUCCAACAUCCUGUGCCACCGCUGCGACGCGGCGGACCCUUUGCUGCACCACAAUGCCUCCUACCUGACCGACUUCCACAGCCAGGAAGAGCCCACUUGGUGGCAAAGUCAGUCCAUGGCAUUUGGGGUUCAGCACCCCACCUCUGUCAACAUCACUCUGCACUUGGGGAAGUCUUAUGAAAUCACCUACGUGAGGUUGAAAUUCCACACCAGCCGUCCAGAGAGCUUUGCCAUUUACAAAAGGAGUCAGGCUGAUGGACCCUGGAUCCCAUAUCAGUUCUACAGUGCCUCUUGCAAGAAGACCUACGGAAAGCCAGAACGGCAGUUUUUGAGAUCUGGAGAACAUGAGCAAGUGGCCUUGUGCACGGACGAAUUCAGCGACAUCUCCCCUCUGAGUGGUGGGAACGUGGCUUUCUCCACAUUAGAAGGCCGGCCCAGUGCCUACAGUUUUGACCAAAGUCCUCUCCUCCAGGAAUGGGUGACCUGUACGGAUUUGCUGAUUUCUUUGGAUCGCCUUAACACCUUCGGGGAUGACAUCUUCAAAGACCCUAAAGUGCUUCAAUCUUACUACUACGCCAUUUCAGACUUCUCGGUCGGAGGGAGAUGCAAGUGUAAUGGGCAUGCCAGCGAAUGCAUCCCUAAUGAAGAGGACCGGAUGGUUUGUCUCUGUGAACACAAUACCACCGGGGUGGACUGCGAGAUAUGCCAGCCGUUCUAUCAAGACCGCCCCUGGGCAAGGGGAACCGCUGAGUCACCCAACGAAUGCCUUCCAUGCAACUGUAGCGGUAGGUCAGAGGAAUGCUAUUAUGACUGGGAACUGUACCGGCGCACCGGGCAUGGUGGUCAUUGCGUGAACUGCCGGGACAACACGGGUGGACCUCACUGUGAAUACUGUCGGCCCAAUUUUUAUCGUUGGGAUGAUCAGAUGGCGUGCCAACCCUGCAACUGCAACCAAGCAGGUUCUUUGAAUCCUCAGUGUGAUGCUACAGGGAAGUGUGAGUGCAAAGUGACAGUAACAGGCUGGAAGUGCGAGCGAUGCCAAGAAGGAUUUCAUUCCCUGAGUGAAGGAGGGUGCAGACCUUGCGCUUGUAACUUUGCUGGAAGUUUGGGGAUGUGUGACCCCAAUUCAGGGCACUGUAAGUGCAAGAAAAAAGUGGAAGGCUAUCUGUGCAACAAAUGUCAGCCUGGCAGUUUUAACCUACAACCUCACAACCCAGAGGGAUGUACAAGUUGUUUCUGCUAUGGACAUUCAACCGUCUGCACAACAACUCCAGGAUAUGAACCCCGUGACAUUGUCUCUGACUUCAGACAAGGACUUGAUAGCUGGAAAGCAGAAAACUCAGAAGGGCAAGAUGUUUUUCUACGCUGGGAUGGAGACGUCAUCUUCGUAGACCAAAAUGAACAGGAGGUUACUGGAUUUGAGGCCCCAGAGAAAUUUCUAGGCAAUCAGCGUUUUAGCUACGGCCAGUUGCUCUCGGUGGUCCUUCACUUCGAAGACAACACAACAGAUGCUUCUUCUCCUUCCGUCCAGUUAAUUUUGGAAGGGAAUGGCGUCUCUUUAUUAGCAAGACACAAGAACCCGGAAGAAAGAAGGAACGACAUCCCAUGCAGAGAACGGAUUGUGUCCUUCAGGUUGCACGAGGCGGAAGAGGCCAUGAGUUUGGGUCUGUCGCCUUUCCAGUUUCAGCGGAUGCUUUCCAAUCUGACGAUGCUUCGGAUCCAAGUUCAAAGUAAACCCAGAUCAGGCAGAAUUGCGCUAAAGGAGGUUCGACUCGCUUCUGCUCAUCCGGGUUUCUCCCAGCGGGCUCCGUGGGUUGAGGAGUGUCUCUGCCCCCAGGGGUACCAAGGCCGAUUUUGCGAGUUUUGUGCUCCGGGUUACCAACGGGAGAUUGCUUGGGGUGGACCCUUCGCAAGUUGCGUGCCUUGUAGCUGCAACCAACAUGGGAGCUGCGAUGCUAAUUCGGGUAUCUGCCAAUGUCUGCACAACACCGAAGGGCCAGCUUGUGAGCGAUGCGCUCUGGGCUUCUACGGCAACCCUUUUCUUGGGCAACCGGAUGACUGCCAAGCCUGCCCGUGUCCGGGACAAGGGCCUUGCACAACCAUGGUAGACAAUGGAGAAGUGGUCUGCACACACUGUCCCCUGGGACAGAGAGGGCGCCUCUGUGAAUUAUGCGAUGAUGGUUUCUUUGGGGAUCCCCUGGGACGAAACGGAUCAGAGCACCCUUGUAGCAGCUGCGAUUGUAGUGGCAACACGGAUCCCAACGCAGUGGGCAAUUGUGACACUCUCACCGGCCGUUGUCUACGCUGCUUGUACAACACUGCAGGGGAGCAUUGCGAGAGGUGCCAAGGGGGCUUCUAUGGAAACCCUCUGGAUGCCAGCCCAGCCACCAAGUGUGCCCCCUGCAACUGUCAUCCUAAUGGCUCUGACCAUGGACCAGAAGAUUGUGACCCAGUUUCGGGUCAGUGUCGCUGCCUCCCCAAUGUAGCCGGACGAGAGUGCACCCAGUGCCUGGAAGGCUAUUUUGACCUACAGCCAGGGGUGGGGUGCAGAAGAUGUCAGUGCCACCCCAUGGGAGCCCAGAGCAACAUCUGUCACCCCAUCACAGGGCAAUGCGUCUGCCAUCCCGGCGUGGUGGGGCUAUCAUGCAAUCGGUGCCAGGCUGGGUUCUUUGGAUUCUCUUCCCAAGGCUGCCAAGCCUGCAACUGUUCCCAGAUUGGCUCGGUCUCCCUCCAGUGCCACGACAACAGCACUUGUGUGUGUAAAAAGGGCUUUGUGGGUAGCAAGUGCGACCACUGCGAUGUGAACUACUUCUUUGACCUGGAAAGUAAGCAGUGCCAGGAAUGUCCUCUCUGCUACAGCCUUGUGAAAGAGGAGACAGACAGACUGAAGGACAAGCUGACCGAAAUGGAAGCCUGGUUCCAGAAGCCCAGCUGCGACCAAUCGAAAGCCAAAUAUUAUCACGCGGUGUUUGGCGAGAGCCCACGUGGAGACAACCUUGAGCAUCCCUACCUGUGGGAAGGUGCUCAAGCCGCUUUCUUGGAGAAGAUGACGGAUCUGAAGGACUUGGUGGAAGACGCCCUCCAUCGGCUGAGCAGAACCAUCGCUUGUGAUGGUCAUCGGGCUACCAAAAUGUGUGGGCUCCUUUCUGAUGUAUCUUCCACCCUGCGGUCCACCCAUGAGGAGAUCCAGAUGGCCACUGAAAUCCUGGAGAGCAUGGAACUUUCUUCCGAGAUUCUUUACCUGUCUACAAACUGGAGCCACCACGCGAUCAGAUCCGGCAAAUUGGCCCGCAGCCAUGUCGAAAUGGCAUCCUUGGUGGAAGACCUGGCCCAACGAGCCAUCGUGGCAUCCAGUUUGAGUUACCGGCUUCUGAAAAACGUCGCGAACGCCAGCAGGUUGCAGGACUUCAGGCGAGAGAUGGAAGAGAGUGGUGAGAAAAUUGAAAGGACCCAAAAAGACCUUGUUUUGCAAAUGGAAGAUGCUGAGAUCCUGGUUUCAGGGCAUCAGAGCAACGCAACCCUGGUGCAGACAGAUACUUUGCCGUUGCUACGGCAGAGAACAAACAAGGCACGAACAGCGGCCGAGUCCUCCCUGGACAACGGAGAGGCGGUGAUUUCCGAGGCGAAGGCUUUGGUGACCACACUGGACGGAAUAAAGACCCUGGUUGCAGAUCCUAAAGGCCGUGCCGCGGUCAAGAGGAAGAGGGUUGCGGUGCGGGGCAGGGGGAUUCCAGAGACCCAGAGGAAGAUCAAACAGGCCCAGAGAGUUCUGGGUAAUUCUGGACCUGUUUCUGCCAAGGCCUUUGAAGCUGCCAGAGAUGGGGAAUCGGUCUCCAAGAAGAACGCUAAGGCAGCCGAAGACGUGCUGAGACAGGCCAAGCAAGAGAGGAAACAGGCUGGCAAAAUGUCUGCCAAAAUUGCUCUUACCACGGCAGAGAUCUCCAGACAGGAAGACAAGGCCAAAGAACUUGGGGUCCAGCUUGGAAAACCUGAGGAGGUCGUAGUGGAGAUGACCGGGCUCGGCCAGGACCUCCGACAGGCCCAACGCUCCUUGGAGGUGGACAUUAAAGCCCUCAAGCAUCUGCUCUCCAAGCUAGGAAACCUGGAUCAGUCUGUGGCUGUGCUCCAUGCCAGCCAGGUCCAGCUGGCAAACUUGAGGCUGCGCCUGGCAGGACCCGGAAACCUGGAUCAGUCUGUGGCUGUGCUCCAUGCCAGCCAGGUCCAGCUGGCAAACUUGAGGCUGCGCCUGGCAGGACCCGGUGCCCUGAAUCAGACGCUGGGCAUCUUGGAACAGGAAGCGGAGCAGCAGCGGGCGUCACUGGAAGCCUUCGAACAAGACCUGGAGGAGAUCCAGAGCGACAAGCAGAACCUAGAAGCCAUUCUUCAGAGCCUGCCCAGCGGCUGUUAGAGCUGAAAGGAGGCUGGGGAUGCCUGCAAAAUUGCGUAGAUUGAAGACUGGCACCGAGGGGAU